GUAUGUUAUGCUGUUAAUUCAUAUAAAAAUUUAUGUUUAGGUGUGGCACAUCAUCUUCAUUUAGUAGUAUGCAAUGGUCUUGGACUUCGGGUUCAUGCAAAACAAGAUUCAUCUUUACCAAUUCUUGCUACAACAUCAACAAUUAAUAAAGAUGAAGUUGAUUCAGAUGAAGAAGAUUUCUCGGAUGAUAUUCAACUUGUUUCACAACCAUCACCAAUAAAUAAUUCAUCGAAUUUUAUUGUAUCAUCAGAUCAAUCAUCACUUAUGGCAAAUCAAUCUUUGAACAUGAACAAUGAUGAUGUUAUUGUGAGUGAAAUAUCAAUUAGUGAAGAACAAAAGAAUUUAUCAAUCGAUAUUGUGGAUAAUUGGUCAAUGGAUGUUAUUGAAUGCCUUGAUCCAUCUACAAGUGAUUCAAUACAACAACAUAUAGAUAAUGUGAUGAAAAAAUUCAAUAUUCAUCGUUCUCUUCAACUUGAUUGCAAUAAUCGUUGGAACUCGUCGUAUCAUUUAGUCGAAGCAAUGUUAAAAUACAAAACAAUUAUAAAUAAAAUCACUAGUGAAAAACAUGAUAUUGAUCUUAAUAAAAAACAAACAACAAAACUUUCUUCAAUUGAAUUAGAUCAAGAUGAUUGGAAGAUGUUAGAAUUAAUUAAAUUUGUUUUUAAGUCCUUUGUACAUGCAACAGAACUUGUAAGUGGUAGUCAAUAUCCAACCAUUGGUAUUAGUUAUUUUGCCAUUUUUCAAAUUCCAGAAUUUCUCGAAGAUGUCAAUGACUAA